GCGGCACCCCUAUGCAUGGGGCACACCCCCCCCGCACCGAGCACACCCUCCCCGUUUCCUGUGUGCACCGGGGCCGCCAGGGGGCGCUGUUCCGCCACUGGUGCGCGCGCACCCGGUGCUCGAUGGCGGCGGCGCUGGGACGGGCGGUGGGACGGGCCCGCCCGGCCCUCCCGGUUCCCCCGUGCCGCGGGUGCGGGGACGGGGACGCGGCGGGCUGGGCCCGGCGGGAGCGCUCGUACUGGCGGGCGCUGCGGCGGCGGGUGCUGGGCCCGCCCGUGCCGCCCUUCGCCGCGCCGGUGCAGGUGGGAGCCCCGGUGCUGCGCGGCGCCGCCGCCGCCGUGGCCCCGGAGCAGCUGGGCGGCCCCGAGCUGCGGCGGCUGGCGGCGGCGCUGGCGGCGGGGCUGCGGGGUCGGCCGUGCCUGGGGCUGAGCGCCCCGCAGCUCGGGGUGCCGCUGCGGGUGUUCGCCGCCGAGCUGCCGCCCGACCGCUGCGCGCAGUACCCGGCGGCGCUGCGCCGCGCACACCGCAUCGAGCCCUUCCCGCUCCGCCUGCUCGUCAACCCCGCGCUCCGUGUCCUCGACACCCGCCUCGUCACCGCCCCCGAGGGCUGCGCCAGCAUCCACGGCUUCUCCGCCUACGUCCCGCGGCACUGGGCUGUCCACGUCUCCGGUGUGGACGAGCUCGGGGUGCCGGUGAGCUGGGAGGCGAUAGGCUGGGCUGCCCGCAUCAUCCAGCACGAGAUGGACCACCUGGACGGGAUCCUCUACAUCGACCGCAUGGACCCCCGCACCUUCACCAACGUGGGCUGGAUGGAGUUCAUGGACUGACCCUGCUGUGCCCACCCCCAGCUGGCCCCUGUGUGCCCGGGGCCCCUCCGUGCAGUGGACCCUCUCUAACCCUGGAGAAAGAACCAUCACGGAGCCACAGCCCAGGGGCUCCCACUCAGGUUUAUUGCAGCCAAUACAGACCUGUGGUCUCA